AAAACUUCCACGUCUGACGUUUCUGAUAAGCGCCCAACUAAUUGUUUUUAUCACUUACACCUUGCGUUUUUUCGACUGGCACAUUUUAUUAAUUUUAUUUCAUCGAAAUGUAUGUACCGCAUCGAUCCGAAACAUGAAAUGUGACGGAAUCAGACGGAAUGAAGCAGAAUGACACGGAACAGCUACCAGCAAAAUUGUCAGUCGUGUGUACUAUAGAUACAUGGGUAUGCGUACACGUCAUUGCAACGGUCUUCUCGAGGAAUCGAAUCCACCAGUAAAUCACAGCGUAUAAUUAGUAGUAAUCGGUGGGAAGGAGUCUUGUUCAACAUUCUUCAACGUCGACAAAACGUUUUUUGUCUUUGUACUUCGAUUUUCAGAUUGAUCUGUUGCUAACCUACAAAGCAAUUCCUUGCAAAAUACUACUUGUUGCUGCAUAUAACAAUUGACAUGGUCUAUAUAUCCGAAGAUGGACGCGUUCUGGAAUCCAACCCUUGGAGUUUCAGCAAAAUCUACUCGCUUUUUGCAGGAUUUUUUUUCAUGAUUCUCAUGUUUUUCAGAACGUUAAUUAAUCCUGAUAUAACCAAACAUGGUGAUCAGUAUUCUCGGGACUACAGACCUGGUUCUGGACCUCCACGUCCACCAAGCCGAAGGAUAGGUAGACCGUACACUGGAGAAACUCAUAACGUUCCUGGAGGUUGUCGUUCAUGCGCCCGGCAGUAAUCGAAUAAUUUUAAUGAAUUCUAUAACAUUUUCUAUAUUUCUAUAAAUUUAUUGCAUCUUAAAUAUGAUAAUCUUCAAUAUGUAGAAUUACUGCAAAAUCAUCAAGGAAUAUAAGGAAAGACAAAAUCUGCUUGUAA